AAGAAUCAAAGAAUACAACUUUAGUGAGGCUCAAUCAGGGAAAGACCUGUGUGACAGUAAAACAGGGUCCUCAAGGUUGCACAUAUACAGGUAUGCAAAUGAAGGACACAGUGUUCUAAAUGCAGGAGACAUGAAAAAAGCCCCUGAAAGCUAUGGAGGUGUUAAAGGAACAAAUGUUUGUGUUGUUUCUAUUGACCAGGCAUCUGAGCCUAAGAUUAAAAGUAAAAUUCCUGGGAUUAGUGUAUUGAACAAUUUUGCUUUCACUGAAAUUGGAAUUGUUGCAAGAAAGGCCUAUCAAGUUGGUUCUGGACAGCUUAUACAAACAUCAGGAAUAUCUGACCAAAACCUUUCUACAGAAAGGGUGUUUAAUCUGGAGGUCCAUGAACCUUUUACAGGUAUUCAAACAGCCGGGAAGGUUUCAUAUCCCAAAACAGCACAACACACAGCAAAUGAACCAUCAGCUAUUCCAGAAGAUGAAACCACCUAUGCAUCUGACAAUCAAAAUGUAAACUUUUUCUGUUGUCCUGAUAUUUCCUGUAAUAAAACUUUUGCUAGAGCAACAAAUCUGGAAAAGCAUAUUCUUGUCGGAAAUCAUUCAUAUAGAACAAACAAAUCUGGAUUAGAUACUGCAGUUGAAGUAUAUGCUUCUAUUUCUGAAUCUGUUCAGGAUACACAAAUAAAUUUGAUUCAAACCGUGAGUGCAGCUAAGCAGUCAAAUGCAACUAGUAAUAUGAUAAAUAAGGGAUGGGCUCUAAAAGGCAAAAGAACAAAUAUUCGCUUUUCACCAAAAGUUAAAUCCUAUUUAAAUGAGAUAUGUUUUAAUUGUGAGAAAACUGGGAAACGGCCAAAUUAUUUUGCUCUGUCAGAUGAACUCAGAAAAUCAUGUGAUGAAAACGGAGAAAGAUUGUUUAAGAUGGAGGAAUGGCUGAAUCCUACGCAAAUUAAAGGCUACUUUGCAACACUAGUGACUAAACUAAAAUCAGGAACUAUAAGUUCUAAUUCUAUAACUGAUAAUAGUGCUGUUGUUCAGUCCAUUGAAUUGAGAGAAAUUGAAGAAAAUGUGGAACAAGAUGAAAAACUGUAUGAAGCUGUUGCAAUUAUAGAUGCAAAUACAUAUAAUGAAAAUGUUGAAAAUUUUGUAGAUGAAGUAUACACGGCUGUUAACAUGUAGUGUCACAUAGGUUUUAACUUUAUCUGACCAAAAGCAAUAUAAAGUUAUCAUUAUAAUACAUGUCAAUUAUAAUACAGUACACAAGAAUUUGAAUGGGUAAAAUGUUAUUCAUCCACC